GUAAUCAUUACCCUAAGCUUCUUCGAGAUAGUGCCUCGUCGGAUUUUGUAGUGAUACCAUGCAUGCGGAUGGACGGGUUGCCCACUGACUGCGGCCACGAUUCGAUCGUAGGCGCAUCCAAUCGUUCGCCUGUACGCAGUUACAGUAAAACGUACUUUGAAAAGUUCCGUCGAGGAACUGAUCAUGAAAGCAGACAAUGCGAAUUUGACACCACCAGAAGACGUCCGCUGGCGGCUGACCACCCCUUCGUCCUGGCUGGACCCCGACAGCUGGGAGCCCGACGGGCGCCCGGCCGACCCCAGGGAUCUGGAGGCCGUGCCGCACCUGGAGCGGAUCCCCUGCGGCCAGGAUGUGGCGGUGUUCAGGGACAAGGCCUUCCUCGUCGUCGUCCCGGACUUCCCCGUUCGCGCCGCGGCCUUGGCCUUCGAAGGGACCGUCUACACCUCGGGGACGGGCUGGCUCCUGGGCAUCCUUCUGAAGGACGCGAUGCUGUCGAGGACCUACUUCACGCAGCUCCCGACCAAACUGAUGGCCAGCAGCGUGGAGCAGGUGUCGUCCCUGGCCGAGCAGUGCGGGCUCGGCGUGGAGGAGGGCGCGGACGAGCGGCACGUCGAGCGGGCGGGCCAGUUGGCCGCGGACGAGCUCAUGGCCGGCGUCUGCCUGCACGUCACUUGCCCCGUGCCCCGGUGCGCGGCCCCCGUGCGCCCCCACCUGCACUGUUGUUUCGUGUGCGGUGCUGUCCUGGAGCUGAGGCCCGUGCCGGACAGGGCCGACCUGGACCGCAUGCGCCAGGUGCUCCGAUCCGAGGCGCUGCGCUACGAGACGCGGUGGGGCGCGGGGUCGGCCCCGGGUGUGCACCUCGGCGUGGUUCCCUCCCCGAGCGGCGGCCGCGGCCUGGCGCAGGUCGUCUUCGUGGGGGAGAACGCCGAGGAUAUGGCCGCCAUCAUCCUCGCCGACAUUCAGAGCAUUGUAUCGGCAGAUGAGGCGCGCCUUCUGGUGUCCGGCGCCAUGAUAGCCCCUGCGUCGGUCGGCUCGGUGCUGGGCGUGCUGGUCGGGUCGCUGUUCGUCGUCCUGGUGGCGAUGGCCGCUAUGGUGUACUUCCAUUACGGAGCCCUUCCUCUGCCGUCUCGCCUGGAGGGUUUAUUCCUCAACGAGAAGCAGACGUCGUUCCUGUUCGCGCGGUUCGAGAACACCCCCGAGGAGAGCGGGGCGGUGGUCAGCGUGCUCGGCCGGCCGCAACAGCCCGGGGUGCGCUCUGCGCGCGGCAGCUGGUCCGCCCGCUCCUUCAGGAACCCCCUCUACGAGCAGGGGCAGUCCGACGAGGACGCGGCGCCCCCUCCGCCCCCACGGGGCGUGGCGCACGAGAACCCCCUCUUCUCGGCGCUCAGGGAAAAGCUGGAUGGGUCAUCGGAGCAUGACGAGGAAGGAGACCAGCGCCAAGGGGAUGACACCACCCUGGGGGUCAACCUCGUCGACAUAACUCUGUAGUAAACUAUGUGCUUUUAAAUAUAGAUUUAUGUCUCACGAACAA